UUUCUUCGCCCCCGGUGACUCCGACCAAAAGGAGAGUCCAUCCCCCAUCCAUCUAAGCCUUCCUCGUCUCCGGUGAAACUAGAUCUGAAGAUGGCGGAGCAAUGGAUUUUAGAUUGGGCCGAAGAGCUCCAGCGUUCACUUGACGCGCUGGAUCAAGAGCUAUCUGCCAAAUCCAUCUAUCGCGUUCCCAAAAUCCUGACGGACGUCAACAGCCAAGCCUACGAGCCCCAGCGCGCCUCUUUUGGCCCUUACCACCAUGGCUGCCUCCGUCUCCGCCCCAUGGAGCAACACAAGCAUCGUGCCCUCAUAAAAUUCCUCCGCCGCAUCGCUAAAGCCUCCAAAACCCUCAGAGAUGUAGUCGCGGCCAUGAGAGAUGUGGAACCCCAUCUCCUCGCUUCCUACGACAGCCUACACAUCGAGUACGAAGAGGAAGACUGCUCGGAACGAAGCCGUUUCAGCCACCGCGACUGGCGCAAGGAGACGGACGAGUUUCUUAAGCUAAUGAUCGUCGACGGCUGCUUCGCCUUAGAGGUCAUGCUUGUCGAAAAGAGGUCCGCCGCAGGGGAACAGAGCGAUUACGACUCUCACGAUCGGGUUUUUGGAGUGCAAAACAAAAACUACGUGUUUCCAUAUCUCAAGAGAGACAUGCUUCUCCUUGAGAACCAGAUCCCGCUUUUAGCCCUAACUACUUUGGCAGCUAUCGAUGGUUCAGGGAUUGGAGAUGUGAGUACUCUAAUCAAAACAUUCUACAACGUCUCUUCUGAUUCACCUGAUUAUGGGUUAGCUGACGAGGGCUUAAAGGGGCCAACCGUAGAGAGCUUUCACAUCUUGGAUUUAUACAGAAAGAUUUUGACAGAUUAUGGAGAGUACUUUCCGAGCUAUGAGGCGAAUGUACAGUCAGCUACAAAACUCAGAAAUGCUGGAGUAUCAUUCAGUAAGAGCAAUACCAAGUCCUUUAGAGACAUAAGUUUCAAUGACGACGUUCUAUCUCUGCCGCCGCUAGAAAUUGAUGACACCACCGAGUCAUUGCUGCUCAAUCUCAUGGCCUUCGAAGGCUUGCAUGCGACUGCAGGCAACGAAGUGACUGCAUAUGCCUUCUUUAUGAAUGGGCUCAUCAAUACUGCCGACGAUGUUGCUUUGUUGAGGAGUGAAAAGAUUAUUAUGAAUCGGGUGGGUUGCGAUGUAAAUGUAGCCAACAUGUUUAAUAGGAUUACAAAGGAAGCAACUUUGACUUUUUUUAAAGUUGAUAUACAAGUCGAUGUGAAUAGUAGGCUGAAUAAUUACUGUAAGAAAAGAAAAGGAUGCAUAGGUGCAGGGAGAGCUUUGUGGAGACAUAUCUUAAGAAUCUUUGAGUCUUCACCUCACUAGGCGGUUUACUUCUCAUGGCUAUAGUUCAAACUGUCUACACGAUGUUGCAGUUUUAUGAAGCCUAGUCAUGAUUGUAGAAGUUUUGAGAAAUUUUUUGCUUGUAUUAUGCAUGUCAUCUUAGUUUUAAACUAUUGAGAGUUCAGCUUUCAAUUAUGAGAUAUUGAGUUUAUGAUUUUGUUAUCUCAGGUUCGUGAUUUUGUACCUGCGUUGUGUGUGUGUUUGUGAUUAAAUUUAUUAAAAUGUCUAAAAGAUGAGAGAAUUUCUACUUAGGUUCCGAUG